AUGUUUUUAACUGUUUGCAGCCAUGCCGUGAACCUGCUGAACAACCUGCCCGUGUCCUAUCUGGAUGUUUUAAUUGACGUCCCCGUGCAGGGAGGGCAGGAGAAAUAUGCCGGAAAAAACAUGGACGCGAUCGAGGUGUUGCUGGACUUCAUGGAGAAAAGAAUCGACAAGCAGGGGUCCAAUUACAAAGAGGGUUUGACUCCAGUACUCAGCCUUUUGACUGAAGGAUCCAGACACCACAGGGAGAUCCGCAGAUAUAUCAAAGCUCAGGUACUUCCCCCACUGAAAGAUGUGAAGAGCAGGCCAGAGAUUGGCACCACCAUCAGAAACAAGCUGGUUCGCCUCAUGACACAUGUGGACAUGGGCGUGAAGCAGACAGCUGCAGAGUUUCUGUUCGUCCUCUGCAAAGAAAGCGUGGACAACCUGUUGAAGUACACGGGGUACGGAAACGCAGCAGGACUUCUUGCGGCUCGAGGACUUCUUGGAGGAGGGAGAGGAGAGACUCAGUACUCUGACGAUGAGGACUCAGACACAGAAGAAUACAAAUCUGCCAAACCUUUACUUCUUUGUGUCCGCAGGCAGCACGUGAUUCGACCGAUGGGCGUCAAACCCGACGGGACGUUGGCACCUUUGGAAGAAACUCUCUGCUGUCCACCUGAGGAAAACUCGGACUCAGACUCGGACUAGUGCUGCUGAAUAUCUCAGCCACGUUUUCCAGACUAAGCCCGAUGGGCCCCACCCCCAACAAAUCUCGAGCUGUGAUUAUUGAAGGUGGGUUCUGUAGCUGGGCUUGAAUUUGUGCCUCCAUCCUGAAUGAGCUGCUGCUGAGUGUAGAGCUGUGUCCAAAAACUUCAGGUGCUGGAUGGGAAAGUCCCAUUUGUCACCUUGGGGGCUGUAACUGGGACGAGUGGUAGUGAUUAACAGAAAGCUGAACAAAUGGUGAUGGUGAAAAAUAAAAUAUUUAUGUGUAAGUUUAUAUCAGGCUUUUAUUGCGCUUUGCAGGGCAAUCACCUCCUCUUUGGUUUUUCUUAGUGAUAUUGACUGACGGCCACUUAAAUGCAAAUAAAGUGUUAUUUUGCAAUCAUGGACUGGACUCUUAGCAAAAUCUUAGCCUCUUUUUUUCCCAAAUAGGACAGGCACUUGCUGUACUAAAUGAAAUCAAACCAGUCCUGAAGUAGAACGCAGCUAAACAUUUCACAGCAGGCUCCAGAGGCUGUCUCGAGCUGAAGCGGAGUCGUGCGUGGCAGGAAGACUGCCGAGGAGGAGUUCACAGUUACUGCUGCAUCUUUUGCUUUAGUGCUCCCUGUGGGGAAAGAAUAUACUUUCUGCUGAGUUUUGCUUCUUGCUGGAAACACUGUUUUGUUUAAAGUGUAGUUUUGGGUGUGAAUAAACAUUCCUUCACUUCUCUUUUUUAAAAAUAUAUACAUAUAAAAAAAUGUAUGACUAGAAGGUGCACAAUUUUAACACGAAUCAUAGUAAACACUGUUAGCGGUAAAGCUGCUGGUACUGCUGGAGCACAGGACUGAUGUGUUUGUGGACGGUUUAAACCUGCAGCUCACUUUGUUUGUGUAAUCAGUUUUUACCAUGGACAAAAAACAAAUGUUAGUGGUAGUUCACUUUUUUUCUCUCUGGUACUCAAUUGAUGACGUUAUGGAGAAAAGAAAACAAGUUUCAUUAAAUUUAAGACUUGAGGCAAUGCAGCAUUCUCCACAGGUCGAUGGUGGUUUUUGCCUGUUCGGGCUCUUGACAAUGAAAUGUGUGAACUACGAUGAUUGUUUUCUAAUCUCUGUUCCUUUUGUCAUCUGCAUGAUGUUGAAUCAAAAAAAAAAGAAGGAAGAAACCUAUGAAAAUGUUGUUUAUUUGACACUAAAUGUGUGACUUUAUAUAAACAAAGUAAUAUAU